GUGAGUGAGUAAGUCUAGAGUCCUCCUGUCAAAAAGUGUCUAAAACUUGUGUACCCUUCCUUACCUUGUCAUACUACUAAUCUUCCACCAUCAUCAUCACUCUCCAACCGCCUCUUGUGGCUCCACUCUACCUUUCUCCGAUUGCUUGGCUGCUAUUCGAUAAGGGCACUUUCAGUUUCAGUCAAUUUCAGCAAAAAAGGCCAUCAUCAUUGCUGCCCUGCCUGAUAAGAGUUGAGCGUAUACCAAACCACAAAAAUCCGGAGACGGUACGGAAACCGCUCGCAUAUUGAUUGCAUCCGCACUCUCAUCCUUUCGGCUCCGUCACAGAAAAGGAUAGAUUGUUAUUCUCUCACAUAGGGGUUUAUAGGCAUUGCUUGUGUGUUUGGUGCCAAUUCGCACGGGAAAUAGGGACAAUAUUCGCAUCCAACUUCAAUUCGUCCUUCAUUUUGAUACAAAUUUUUUCUCGUUAUCGCUCACGACAACCUUUUAGCCUCAGUAUGGCUUCGAUAGUAUCACGUCUCAGACUUCCUUUAUUGGUCGCCGCCAUAUGUAUUCAAUCCGUUUUGGCCGACCUUGAAUUCACAUAUUCUUACGUUCGUGAAUGUACGCCGCUCAAUGUGACUUGGACACCUCAAAGUGAUGCUUAUCCAUACAGUGUUUAUAUUAUGGGUAUAGGAGCACAGGUACAAUCCUAUCAGAUAAAUUCAAAUUAUCAACCAGGGGCAAGUCAAUUGACAUACCAGUACUCUGUACCACAAAAGACUGACACAUUUCAAGCUUUGAUGAUCGCUGUGGUUGACUCGAAAGGAAAUGGAAAUAGUUCAGCUGUCUUGACAGUAAAUUCGAAUCCUAACAUACCAGCAACUUGCAGUGUUUAUGCGGUAACAAAUGCAUGGUUUUACGCUUCGGAUUCAGUCACUGGCAAUCCUGCCGAUAGACCACAAUGCGGAAAUCUAAAGUAUUACCCAGUAGGAGCACUACGAGGAACGUCUCCAUUUUCAUACUCCAUCAUUCCUGUUCAGGGACAACCAAUGACUGUCAAUAUUCCAUCUUCAGCAACACUUAAUCAAACGUACUUUGUUUUCCAAAGUCCACUCGCAUUCAAACAGGGGACGCAAUUCUAUCAAAUGGCAUCGGAUGCAACGGGAAGCGGAAGUGGUGGUGGUAGUCCAAUCCAAGAAGUUGGUGCUGGAAAGACGAAUGCAUGUCUUCAGAGCAAUUAUAAGAUCGAAGGACUGGAUACAUCGCAUGCUUUGCCUGUAGGUCAAAUUGCUGCUUCGUUCGACAAUUUACCUGGAGCGAUUGCCAAUGCAAACCCAACUGGCAGCAGUGGUAGUCAAGUUGGUGGUCUGAUAGGUGGAAUCAUUGGUGCAGCACUUGGAGUUGGCGGUAUUUUGUUGAUCAUUGGGCUAUUUCUGGUCUAUCGUCGCAGGCAGAAACGCAAACGUGAGAUGGAACGAAAAGAGCAGCCGCAAUUCAUCGAUUUGGACGAAGAUGUAUUCGACCCCGCCUCAAGAAGAAGAAGAUCGAAUCCAAACAGUGGAAAUGGUGUCCGACAGUCGUAUUCAGUUUCGCCGUUCACGUACCAAGAUGCCGGAUCGAAUGAUGGCAUGGCACUUAUGGUUGCAGGUGAAGGCAAUGGCACUCUGAACUCGAUCGGAGCUCCUACGAGUGAUUAUGGCGCAUCAACUUUACGACAUACAGCGGCAAAUGAAGGUUUGGGUAGUCCUCUUUCGGAUUAUGGGUAUGGCUUAUCCAGUACGUCAAACAGUGCAUCGCAGGCUCUCCUACGAAAUGGAAGUGGAGAUCCUUGGAACAGUCAUCCGUUAGAACGCAACCAAAACAGCGUUUACUCUUCUCACCUUCCAACUGGAAGCACAGCUUCUUCUUCUAGCGGUCCUUUUGGUAUGAGCGCUGCCGUUGGUGGACACGAUUUUGCAAAUUCACCACAAAGUCCAACAGAAGGAACGAUGAGUUCUGCAUCAGCGUACGUUUUACGAGCACGAAAUGUUGAUGAACGAGAACAACAAAACAAUAGAAGGUCUAUGGGUAGAUCGCAAAAUGAUACGAUUGCAUCCAAUCCGUCCAAAUCUAAUGCAACUAUGGAAGAAGAAGAAAGAAGACGAAUUGCUUCAAGCAGAUUUGUACAACAUCAAGAUGCCGGUCGAUUGGCCGUUGCACCGGGAACGGAAGAAGAAGAAUUACAAGAAGAUGUUCCACCUGAAUAUGGUCAAUGGCUAACUCAUCAACCGAACACUCGAAAGCAAUAAGCAAGCUGGCUUUAAACUUUCUUUGAUGCUCCCAU